AUGUCUUUUCUACAAAAUCUAAUGACAACAUUCCAGCAAGCCCAAGCGGAAGGCCUCUGCCUGCGCUUUCCCAAUAAUCUCGGUAACCACAGGGAGAUCAAUUAUGAACAUGCAGUAGAAAUGCUCCUCCGAGCUGUUCCCACAUCUCAAAACACACCUUUUGUGUGGGGGUUCAUUGACAAGCCUGCUGAUGGCCAGAUUUUACUCCUGUUUCUAUCGACACAAGCGCCAUUUCCAAAUGACGGCAUCCGCUACCAGGAUGCAGAGGUUAAAUACGCCAUGCCGGUUGGAACCACCCGUGAGCUCGAGGUACACGAAGCAAAGUGCGGUUUUAUUCCAGGUUCACAGGAUCAAAACGCAUCGCGUGUCCGGCGACGAUACCGUCUCGUGAAAGGCGGACACUCUCAAUUAGUUCUCGUACAUUACACACGAGGGCAACCAGCACCCAUCGCGCCCGCACUUGUAAAUCAACCCGUACGCGCUUAUCCACUCAGAACCAUUAACGAGCCGCCAAUGUUUGUCAUCGGUGACAAAGCCGGGCAGAAAGUCUAUCCCCCAGGCGGCUCCUCCAUGCAUGGACCUCCAUCUGCCCCGCCAAUGCCUCCAACCGCGAUAGGCAUGGGGAUGAAUAUGAGCCAGCAGCAAGCCAUGUUGGCGCAUCAGAAUAGCAACAUGGAGAUGCUGGAACGUAGACGAGAGCGUGAGAGGGAGCAGCAAAAUCGGAAUCGGAGUGGGAGUACCGGUCGUCCUCCCAGGCCUGAAGAUGAUGAUUCUGGGGAUGAUACCGAGCAAAUAGCCACACGAACUCUAGCGUUUACCAGAUACAAACGCAAUCAUGAUUUAAUGAAUGACGUUUUUCGUCAAGCGGCGUAUGGCGAUAAGAAGGAGCGACCUUACACUAGCCCAUACUCCAUUUUCAACAAAGACGAUUUAGAAACCAAGGCUUAUCUGUGUUAA